AUGCUUACAUCGGUAGCUCGGAUUAAUAUUUACUUUUCUUCCCAACGCAUAACCCGUUAUCUAUUAUCCAACUUUUCCAUCUCAUCAAAUACUCAGCAAUAUCGCUAUAUUGAAAGUCAAACAGCACACUCACAAUCUAGUAAUUAUAUAGUUAAUCUUCAUUCUUGGAAAUUAACUCAUCAACCACGAGAACCAACUCUUCACUGGAAUCCUCGAUUUCGUCAACAACAACAACAAUUCGAAACAGAAGAACAAGAAGAUAAUCGAUCAAGUGAAAAUUGGGAUUCUUGGUUUCAACAGCAUCAAUCACCUUCACUUCUUCCAUUUUCUCAACGAAAUAAUUUAUUUUCUCAACAUCAGCUUUAUUUUCUUGACCAUCCUCAUCUUACAUCAAUGCCUAAACGUCCAAGAGAAUCCUCAUCACCUAUCAAUAUAUCAAAUAAACGUGAAAAAUAUUCACUUUUCGAAUUUAAUCUUCCAAAACGCACGUGGAUCAAUACAAACUAUGAAGAUCGUUUAAUUAGAAGUCGUUAUCAUCAUUUUAAUUUUCAUAUAAUUAGUUAUAAUAUUCUUGCUCAAAGAUUAAUUGAAGAUAAUCCACUUUUAUACGAUGAUUGUUUAGAAAGUAAUCUUGAAUGGGAUCGACGAAAAGAACGUUUAUUAAGAGAAAUAUUAAGACAGAACGCUGAUAUCGUUUGUUUACAAGAAAUGCAAAAAGAUCAUUAUAAACAUGAUUUUCGACCAAAAAUGAUCGAUCAUGGAUAUAGUUCGAUUUAUAUAAAACGUUCUGGUGAUAAAUCAGAUGGAUGUUGUUUAUUUUAUAAAACAGAUCGAUUAAAAUUAAUUGCCAGAAAAACAGUACCAUUCUAUCAAAAGAAUAUUCAACUUUUAGACAGAGAUAACUGUGGCUUAAUUGCUCUAUUUCAACCAAUUACAUCAAAUGCUACAUCAGAUGAUUUAUUUUGUGUUGCUACAACUCAUCUACUCUAUUCACCUAAACGUGGUGAUAUAAAACUAGCUCAAAUACAAUAUUUUCUUGCUGAAAUCGAUCGAUUAUCAGUUAGAGAUUCUACUUUAAAUUCUUAUUAUCCCAUCAUUGUCUGUGGAGAUUUUAAUGCACAACCUCAAUCUCCACUAUCAAAAUUUCUAAUCAAUGGACAUAUUAAAUAUGAUACAUAUCGUUGUAUUGAAAUCUCUGGUCAAAUCCCACAAUCAAUUGUUAAUAAUCGUUUUUCUUUUCAACUUCCAUCAAAUGAACUUUUACCAUCAUCAUUUGUUACUUCUGAUUGUCGUUUUCCAAAGGAGAUUUCAACAAACAAAAAAGAUCAACUUAUUUUUGAAACAUAUAUGAAUCGAAAAUCAUCAGCAAUAUUAACACAUGAUAAAAAAUUUGAUUCAGUUUAUGAUUUAAAUGCUUUAUUCGAAGUCACAACAUGUAUUGAUAAUGAAUCAAAUUUAGUUGAUUAUAUAUUUUAUACAAGACAAGAUAAUGAUCGAUAUAGAUUAAAUUUAUUAAGUCGUUAUGAUUUAUAUAAGCAAAAUCAAAUAUUAAAUCUUCAUUUACCAAAUCAUCAAUUUGCAGAAGCAUUGAAAGGCCAAUCAACAAAACGUCUUGCUGAACGAGGAUUAUGUCUAACACGUCUUCGUUUUCAAUAUACAUAUACAGGUUUAUAUGGUCGAACAAUUCUUGUUUUCGAAGGCGAAUCUCUUUCACGUGUUCAAACAUUUGGACCAGGUGAUAUUGCUGCUAUUUAUCAACAAGGGCAUUCAAUUGAUGAACAAGAUUCAUUAGCUCAUGGUCUUAUAUUUCGUUUAACAGCAAAUACAAUACAUAUAACUAUUGAAGAUAACGAUGAUGAACAAUUUAAUUCAUCAGGUGAUACUUGUCUUUUUAUGAUUAUUAAAAUGGCUAAUGAUGUGACCUAUCGACGAUUAAAACAUGGUCUCACAUUAAUGGUAAAACAACGUCAAGGAAUUGCUCAUCAUUUACUUGAUAUUGCAUUUGAAAGUGCUGAUCCGAUCCCAUCGAAUUUUUCUGAGAGUACUGGCCCAUCACAAUGGUUUAAUGAAAAUCUCGAUCAAUCUCAACGAGAAGCCGUUAGUUUCGCAUUAGCUUCACGUGAUAUAUCAAUCAUUCAUGGACCACCAGGCACUGGUAAAACAACAACGAUUGUUGAAUAUAUAUUACAAGAAGCAUUAAAACGUGAUGCAAAAAUUCUUUGUUGUGCAUCAUCAAAUAUAGCUGUUGAUAAUCUUGUUGAACGUCUUGGAAGAAAAAAACAAUUAAAACUUAUUCGUCUUGGUCAUCCGGCACGUUUACUUGAAUCAAUACAAUGUUUUUCAUUAGAAUCAAUUGUUAUGGAAAAUUAUCAAGAUGUUAAAAAUGCUAUGCGUGAAGAUUUAAAUCAAUGUUUUAAUAAAUUACGAAAGUCAUCUACAGAUCGAAAUGAACGUGAACGUUUAAAAAAAGAAAUAAAAAACUUACGAAAAGAUAUUCGAUUGUAUGAAGAAAAAGCUAGUCGAGAAGCAAUGCAAUCAGUUAAUGUUAUUCUUUGUACAUUAACAUCAGCAACUGAUGAUAGUCCAUUAAAAUUAUUACCACCAAAUCAUUUUGAUUUAGUUGUUAUUGAUGAAUGUUCUCAAGCUCUUGAAGUAGCAUGUUGGCUUGCUUUGCUUCGUGCACCGAAAUGUGUUUUAGCUGGUGAUCAUUUACAAUUACCACCGACAAUCUUAAGUGAAAAAGCUGCAAAGGAUGGUUUAGCAAUUACACUAAUGCAACGACUAACAGAACAAUUUGGUGAUAAAAUAACGCGUAUGUUAACAAUCCAAUAUCGAAUGAACGAAGCCAUAAUGAAUUGGUCAUCAAAUGAAUUUUAUCAAGGAAAAUUAAUUGCUGAUGAAUCAGUUAAAUCUCAUCUUUUAAAAGAUUUAUCAAAUAUUUCAAAACGUGAUAAUAUAUAUGAACUAGAUGAUGAGAAUUUAUCUCAAUGUCCAUUAUUUCUUAUUGAUACAACAGGUUAUGAUAUGCCAGAAAUAUGUUGUGAUGAUGAAAAUUCUCGUGGUAAUGAAGGUGAAGUUGCACUUGUUAGUAUUCAUGUACAAGAAUUAAUUGAAAACUAUGGUGUAUCUAUUGAUCAAAUUGGUGUCAUAACACCAUAUAAUAUGCAAGUACAAUUAUUACGUCAAAAACUAUUAAAUAAAUAUCCAACAUUAGAAAUAAAAUCGGUUGAUGGUUUUCAAGGACGAGAAAAAGAAGCUAUUAUUAUUUCAAUGGUUAGAUCGAAUUUACAUGGUGAGGUUGGUUUUCUGUCGGACUCUCGUCGAAUAAAUGUUGCUAUAACACGAGCACGUAGACAUUUAUGUAUUAUUUGUAACGUGCAAACAGUUAGUCAUGAUCCAUUUAUAAAAAGACUAAUUGAUUAUAUGCUUGAAAAUGCACAUGUUUGUUCAGCAUUUGAACUUAUUGAUGACAAUAACUUUUUUCAAGGAACCAUUUUAUCAAAAAAAUCAACAGUAUCUUCUAAAAUUAAACAAACAAAACAACAAUCGAAAAAAUCUAAACAACAAAGUAAUCAACGUUCUGAAGCAACUAAUACACUUGAAAAUGUUGUUACUAAUAUCCUUGAUCAACGUGUUGAAGCUUUUCUUAAUAAUCCUAAGGUACAAAAAUUACAAUUUGAAGAUGGUCUAUCGCCAUUUGGUCGACGUUAUGUACAUGAACUUGCUGAAAAACAUAAUUUACAACAUAUUAGUGACGGUGUCGGUGAUCAAAGACACAUAACUAUUAUGAAGAAAACUUCAGUUGAAACUAUUACAACAAAGAAAAUAGUUGAGAAUAAUCAAGAAGAAGAAGAAAAAAGAGAAAAAAUGAAUGAACAAUUUCGUUCAUUCUCUUUAUUAGAAGAAGAAAAGAAAGAUUCAAAUCAAAUAAUUGAUAAAAGUACAAAAUUAUCAAAGAAAAUUUCUGAUCAAGAUUCAAUUUCAAAAGAAAAGGAAGAAAAAAAAAUUGAAUCACCUGUGCUAGAUGCUGCCAAUCUUUGUCGAUAUUGUCAUAAAGAUAUUCCAUCACAGAAUCGUCAAUUACAUGAGAUAUAUUGUCAACGUGUCAAUCCAUUAUCUUCAGUAGCUAUUUCAACUAAUGAAAUUUCUGAAGCCGAAUGUUCAAAAUUAAAUGUUGCUCCCGAACGUCCUAAAACUACUAAGAAAAAAGAAAAUAAAUUAGCAUCGAUAAAUGCUGAAGCACCUAUUGAUGAUUUAUUGGAAGCGGCUCGUCGACAAGAUAAUAUUUGUAAUGCACAUCGUUGUAAAGUAAAAAUAACUCUAUUAGGACAACUUUGUUCAUAUUGUAAUCGUCGUUAUUGUUUUGAACAUUCAAUGCCUGAAGUACAUGGUUGUGGUCAUCAAGCUCGUAAAGAUAUUCGACAAACACAUAUUUCAACACAUGCAAAUGCUAAACCUGUUUAUGAAAAUUCUUCAAUAAACAAAGACAAAAGACCACAUUUAGAAAGAAAACUGCAAGAUAAAAUUACAUCAAAAGAGAAUCAAAGAAAGAAAAAAUAA